ACUUUUGUCCUGGUCUCCCCCGGCAGACCCUGACUAAACCAGCCAGUCAUGGAUGACGGCUCUUCACUGGGCAAAGUCAGUAGUUCCACUGAGUCUGUGGCCACAAUCACCAGUGAGGAGUUUGUUCUGGUGCAGUGCAGUGCUGCAGCAUCACCAUCAGGAUCAGAGGGCAAGCCAAGACUCAAGAUGUCUUCGAAUGGAAGUGAGCAGCUGGAGAAAGCAAUGGAGGAGCUCCUGGAUGAUGAUGAUGAGGAGGAGGAGGAGGUGAAGGAGGAGAAGAGCAGUUUGGAGAAAAUGGAGAAGGAGAGGGAUUCAGGGAGUCAGGUCCUGAGCCCAGUCUUUGAACCCCAGCAUCCAGAUGUAUUGUUUCCAGCAGUGUCCAGCCCCACUGUGCUGGAGGAGGAUAGUGUCCAGUUCAACAAGCUGUCUUACCUGGGCUGUACCUGGGUCAAAGCCCCUCGGAAUGAGGGAGAGGCACAGAAGGCCAUGACCACCUUACGGGCAGAGAGCGCAAUUCCCAUUCCCGUCACCCUGCACGUUCCCAGUGGACCAGAUGGCUCCGUCAGGAUCGUGGACCAGGCCACAGGUACAGAGAUUGCCUCCUUCCCCAUCUACAAGGUGCUGUUUUGUGCUCGUGGCAAGGACGGCUCAGCGGAAAGUGACUGUUUCUCCUUCACUGAGAGUUACCGCAGCUCUGAGGACUUUCAGAUUCAUGUCUUCUCCUGUCACAUCAAAGAGGCUGUCAGUCGGAUUCUGUACAGUUUCUCUACUGCUUUCCGGCGUUCUUCACGCCCGGCAGACAUCAGGGACUCAUCACAGACCAGUCCUACUGAUAGCGACCUUUAUACAUUCACUGUUACACUUGAGAUAAAAGAGGACGAUGGCAAGGGCAACUACAGCCCUGUCCCUAAAGACAGAGAUAAAUUUUACUUCAAGCUGCGACAGAGCAUUCAGAAGAAGGUCGUUGUUUCAGUUCAGCAGACUUGCAAUAAAGAGCUUGGCAUUGAAAGGUGUUUUGGGAUGUUGCUGAGUCCAGGACUAAACAUUUGCAACAGUGAUAUGCAUCUAUUAGACAUGGAGUCAAUGGGGAAAAGCUCCGAUGGGAAGGCCUAUGUGAUCACAGGAACAUGGAAUCCCAGCGUGGCAGCGUUCCAGCCUCUGAAUGAAGACACACCUAAAGAUAAGCUGGUCUAUAUGACAGUGGCAGUGGACCUGGUGGUGACGGAGGUCGUGGAGCCGGUUCGCUUCCUGCUGGAAACACUGGUCAGAGUUUACCCAUCAAAUGAACGCUUUUGGUACUUCAGCCGCAAAACCUUCAGUGAGACCUUCUACCUAAAACUCCGACAGCAGGGUCCAGACAGAGUUGGUCAGAGUGAUGCUGUAUAUGAGGUGGUGAGUCUUCAGAGAGAGGCAGAACGAAACCAUGAAGGACGAGAAAGACUGGCUUCACCCAGUGAGGAAGAAGAGGCUGAUGAAGACAGCGACAGUGAAAUUUCCAGUGGGACAGGAGAUGUUUCUAAAGAUUGUCCUGAGAAGAUCCGGUCCUGGGGAGGAAUCCUCAACAGAUGGCACGGGAACCUGUCCAGUCGCCCAAAGGGUUUGCUCUCACUGGUUCGCAGUGGCAUUCCUGAGGCCCUUAGAGCAGAAGUCUGGCAGCUGCUGGCUGGUUGCCACGACAACCACGACAUGCUUGAGCUCUACCGCAUCCUCAUCACCAAGGACUCGACCCAGGAGAGCGUCAUCACUCGAGACAUCCACCGAACCUUCCCUGCACAUGACUACUUCAAAGACUCUGAUGGAGAUGGACAGGACUCACUCUACAAGAUCUGCAAGGCCUACUCUGUGUAUGACGAGGAAAUCGGUUAUUGUCAGGGUCAGUCGUUCCUUGCUGCAGUUCUCCUAUUGCACAUGCCUGAGGAGCAGGCUUUCUGUGUGUUGGUGAAAAUCAUGUAUGAUUACGGCCUCAGAGCACUCUACAGGAACAACUUUGAGGACCUUCACUGUAAAUUCUACCAGCUGGAGAAGCUGAUACAGGAACAGCUUCCUGACCUUUGGUCCCACUUCCAAGAGCUGAACCUGGAGGCGCACAUGUAUGCCUCCCAGUGGUUCCUCACACUUUUUACUGCCAAGUUUCCCCUCUGCAUGGUCUUCCACAUCACUGACCUGCUGCUGUGUGAGGGUAUGACCAUUAUCUUCAACGUUGCUUUGGCCUUGCUCAAGACAUCUAAAGAGGACCUCCUGCAGGCAGACUUUGAAGGAGCUCUCAAGUUCUUCAGAGUCCAGCUGCCUAAACGAUACAGAGCUGCAGAAAAUGCCCGCAGGCUAAUGGAGCAGGCCUGCAACAUCAAGGUACCAACUAAGAAGUUGAAGAAGUUUGAGAAGGAAUAUCAGACACUGAGAGAGAGCCAGUUACAACAGGAAGAUCCCAUCGACCGAUACCAGAGGGAGAACCGUCGACUUCAAGAAGCCAGUAUGCGAUUGGAACAGGAGAAUGAUGACUUGGCACAUGAACUGGUCACCAGCAAGAUUGCCCUUCGAAACGAUCUUGACCAGGCAGAGGACAAAGCUGAUGUUCUGAACAAGGAGCUGUUGAGCACCAAACAGCGUCUGGUGGAGACGGAGGACGAGAAGAGACGACAUGAGGAGGAGACUGCUCAGCUUAAGGAAGUAUUCAGGAGAGAACUGGAGAAAGCAGAGCUGGAGAUCAAGAAAACCACAGCAAUCAUCUCUGAAUACAAACAGAUCUGCUCCCAGCUGAGUACCAGGUUGGAAAACCAGCAGGCAGCCACAAAAGAAGAGCUGGACAUAGUUAAGAAUAAAAUAAUGGGGUGUGAUCACUGCAAAGCGCUGUUCAGCACCCCAGAAUCCCUCCAGGCGUCGUCCCCCAGCAGGGAUGGGAAGGCCGCGGAGCCUCUGGAUGAGGAGAAGGACAGCCUGAAGGAGCAGCUGAGGCAGCUGGAGUUGGAGUUGGCACAGACUAAACUGCAGCUGGUGGAGGCCAAGUGUCAAAUCCAGGAGCUCGAGCACCAGCGAGGAAUCCUGAUGAACGAGAUCCAGGCAGCCAAGAACUCCUGGCUCAGCAAGACUUUGGGCUCCCUGAAGAGCUCCACCUCCUCUUCCUCCAACACCACAUCCCAGACUCCCUCCUCCCCCAAAGAAGGCCCGGCCUAGACUGCUUCCCUCCCCCUGAAGCCCCCUGCAGGAUGCACAGAGGAGAGUGGAGGAACAGGAAUGCAGUGUUCCUUUUCUAGGCGGUGGCAAACUUGAGGAUGAGUGAAGCAACAAACGGGACAUCUGUGCGCAUCCUCAGCAUACCACGUGCAGGACCAGACACCUGUCAAUCAAACACAGCUAACAACUGUUAAGUGGAACUGUUCAGCACGCAGGUGAGGUACAGGUGAGGGCAUCCUCAAUUCUGACCUGGUUCAUGCAUUUAGCACCACCCUGUGGCCAGAGAGUGUUACUGUGGAUCUCCAUUUAGUCUGUGAGUGUGUGGUUGCAUACGCAUAAUGCAUCGAUAUUAAACAAUAUUCGCGCAGCGCUGAGAAAAGGAACACUGCAGUCAGUCUUAAACACACUUCUCUGUAGUCGUAUAAAUAUGUAUAACUAAUUAUUGAUUUUCCUUUUUUAACUCUUGUAUAGUUCUUUAAGAGAAGAAAGGAAAAAGUAUGCUUUUCUUUUGUACUGUUUGGAAUUUGAAUGUUGUUGUAAGCACAGUGUUUGAACACUGACGGCACACCAUGUUCAUCGUUCCUGCCUUUAUUUUUUAGGCUGAAUGUUUAUUUUAAUAAUCCAUAUUUCGUCUGGGUCUUUGGUUUUUAAUGUAGUUUGAUUCUAAAGUCUACACACCACUUUUUUUUAGAUGAUUGGAUCACUGUGUUUACAUCAGGAGUGAUGUCUGACCCUUCAUAGUUUCAACAAAUCGGUUUAACUGUCACUGUUAGCAUAACUACUAAUGUUGAAAACCUCUCAAAAUAAUAUCAGAAAUUUGCAGGUGUUGGAUUGUUUUAAUCUCACUUGUUUUUAUUUUUUUGGGAUAAAAAACAGCACAGUUGUUGUUCAUUCCUGACUUUGAAUUACUUAACAGCAACUUUGCUAUUUAAAAAAUAAAACAUUUGAGAUCAGCAAAAUAAGUAAAACUUGACAUACCAUAAAGUUUACUGAAGAAUAACUAAAGAUUUUAACCACAAAAAUGUAUUUGUAUGGACAGAAGUUGAGUCUGGAUUUUUAUUUUUUUUUUUCCCUGCAGAUUUAAGAUUGAACAUCUGAUUAAUGAUCGGUUAAUUAAUGCCAGAUGGAGAUGCAAUUUGGACCACUUUUCCCUGCUGUUUGUUAUAGAAACAUAAAUGUGAUCAUUGAAAUAAACACCACUGGUGGGCACAGCUAACCUAAAAGCUAGCUUUGACAACUGCUAAUCCACUCACCAAAAAGUUAACUAUUAUAAUGCUAAAUCGAUAAACUGCUAACACACUGAACAUUUUUGACUGUUAAAUUUUAUUUUUCAAAAUGAUAUACAACUUAGAGAGCAGAACUAAAUUUAAUGGUUUACAACGCUAGUUGAAAAGCUAAUCAGCUAAUGUAGCAUUUGCUUUGCUAAUUAGCAAAUUAUCUUAACCGUGCCUGCCACUGGUUAACACAUGUAGCUUUAUGUCUGUUAUUGAUAAUUGCCACAAUUUUUGUAUGUUCGCAACCGUCCAAAAUUUAGCACAGAUGCCAAAGUUUGCACAGUUUAGUUUCUAAAAAGAGGUGAUUAUACUUUAAUAACACGGCACAGACUGUAUGGUAUCUGUGAAAAUAGCACAGUUCAGCUCUAAAUAAAUAGCACAGUUAUCAUUGAAAAUUAAGAUCUGAUUUUACUUCAUAUCUGUAUGUUGUUUUUUUUUUUUCUUUUUAGCACAUCCUGUUGUUUCUGCCAGGUGUCAGAGCAGUGUGCGCAGGAACAUAAAAUCCGUUUAAAAUCUUCCAACACACUCAUUCUUUUCUGUCACACACACAUCUUGGUGUGUUAGUGUGUUAGGUCGUGUGGAUUAUUCUCUGAUGUCCAUCAUGCAUGUUCAUGUUGAAUGAACUGAUACACACUCAGGGAGCAGAAAAAUAGACACAGCUGCCCGCAAUAAAUUCAACCUUUUACAGCGAUGCACUCUGACACAGUGGACACUGCGUCAGGAGCUGCAUCUUAUUAAAGUCAUACUCGUCAGUUUAGCAGACUGUUCAGUGAUGUGCAGAUGUGUCUGUUUUUCUGGUCACUGAUUGACUGUGCCAACAGCAAUGUCCCCUCCCCCACCCACCGAGAUGCUACCACACUGGAAUCAGCCUUUGGACUUUGACCAAGCCAACGUGCACUCGUGUGUUCUGCACUGUAACUCCAGAGCUGGUUUUUUCACCUGGCUGCCUUUUCUGCUGACUGAAGAGCAGAAAUCCAUCUGAGCGUUUACCGUGCCAUAAGAGCCUCGUGAUAGUCCGUCCUCCUCUCUUACUCCGUGUGGUUUGUGACCCGAACCAGUGUUGUUAGCUAUCAUGUGCUCUCACUGGAAUGAGGAAACGUCAUCUCAAAGAAACAUCCUACUGCACAGUUGUUACAAAAGAAAAAACUCAGGCUGUUUGUAUGAACAUAUUUGACUUCUACUUGCUGGACUUGACUUCCAGGUAAUUCCUUCUUCCCACGUUAUUCCUUUUGGACAAAUUUGUACAUCUAGUCUGAUGUUUUUUGUUGCCAAGUGGGUUUCUCACUUUUUGAACACUGUUUCAGGAUGAGUGUUUAAGGACGUAGUAUUUUUAAACUGUUGUGCCACUUCAACUCGUGCUUCAUUUCGUAGUUAGAAAAGCAGGCAACAAUCAAACUGCUCCUCAGCUGUACAGAUAAAUCAUUAAAAUUUUCUCUUCGUGUU